CACCAUAAAUACCAAACAGAUUUAGUGUUAGUUUUGCAAUAUCCAAUUUGCUCAUCAUAUUCACUAGCAUUCCAACAAGUUAUCUCCCUCACUAUUUCAUUUGUUCAUUAGGAAAAACACAAUAUAUAAAUAUAUAAUAAUGGGUGUAAUUACAUACACAUUGGCGGACUUCACCAGCACGGUAGCCGCGGCUCGGUUGUUCCAAGCUCUGUCCAUUGAUACGCAUAACUUCUUACCCAAGGUUGUGCCUCAGUUUGUCAAGUCUGUUGAGUUUGUUGAAGGUGACUCCACUACUGUUGGAUGUGUCAAACUUAUCAACUUCCCUGAUGAGGCUCCUUACAAAUAUGUGAAAACUAGAGUAGACGAAAUUGAUUUGAGUAACUUGUACCUCAAGUAUACGAGCAUUGAAGGAGAUAUAUUUCCUGAUACAUUAGAGUGCGCGGUGUAUGAGAACAAAUAUGAGGCUUCUGACAGCGGAACACACUACAAGAUGGUGGCACACUAUCACAUGAAAGGAGAUAAUGUUAUGGAUGAUGAAGAUAUCCAAAGUGCCAAACAAGGAAUUCAGAUGAUGUUUAAGGCUGUUGAAGACCAUCUCAUUGCAAAUCCUCAACUUUAUGCUUGAACUUAUUCAAUUACGAGUAUAUCUUUAUUGUAUCUUUUAAUUGCACGUGACAAAUUAACGUAUGCCACUUAGCAUAAUAGUAUACAUUAAUUAGUACUCCGUACAUAUGUACGUGGUGUGUGCGUGUGCAUGUAUGUUUGUUUAAUUACAAUUUUUUUGGGUUCGAGAAAAAUAAUAAUAUGCUUCAUUGGUAAGAUGUCGUAGAGUUGUAAGAUAUGUUAAGUUUCAUAUACGGUUGAAAAAGUAUUAGGUGGCUAUUAUAAAUACUCCUCGUUUUAGCUUG